CACGUGUCUCGCUCGCGGAGUUCCUUUCACUUUCAUUUAUCAGGAAGAAGCAGCGUUGAAGUAUCGAGCCAGCUGAAGGAAGAGGACUGUCAACAUGGAGCCCAUGGACUGGUCUGCGAGCAGUGAUACACAGCAAUUCCCAACACCUCAUGGUCAGUCUGCUGAGUGGUCUGUGAGCAGUGAUGCACAGCAGUUUCCAACACCUCAUGAUCAGUCUGCUGAGAACAAAGAAGAAGUUCAAGUCACUCUCUCAGUCAUGUGGUCAGAGGGGGGUAAACCACAGAAACCUAAAGUAGAGCUGGAGAAAAUACUUCAGACCUGGGCCAACAACAACGACAAAUUCAAUGGAGACUGCAAAGUUUUGAAAGUCUCAGAUGAUUGCAGUGCUGUGAUAUCUCUUAAACCCCCUCCAGCCCUGACUGAGCUUCAGAAACUGAGCGGGCAGUUGCUGUCCAGGAAAGAUGGGAAAACGGUCACAAUAACGUCUGUUACUUUGACACCACCAGAGCUGAAGAUACAGACGCCUGCUUCAAUGAACCUUUCUCCUUCACCCAUGUCAGAUCAGCAAGUGCAACCAGGGGAGCAGGGCGGUGCAGUCUCUACAGCAGGAGAGGAGAAAUGUACCGUCGCAGUGGGCCAUUUCUGGUACGUGAACCACAUCUUCAAGGAGGAGAUUCAACGUAUAGAGAAAGAGCAAGGAGUUAAAAUCAUAGCAGAAGUAAAUGUGACAUUUCAAGCAGACAGGAAAGAUGGAAGUCCACAAGAAGCUUUAUCUGAGUUCACAACCCUUGUCCAGAAGUGCUUAGGUGAUUCAGAUGGCUCAACUAUUCCUCUCAAGAACGUGGAUCAAGAAGAGUGGAAAGAUGCACUGAAAAUCGCACAAACAAAAGAAAGGAAGGUUUUGCUUACUCUGUCCUCUGAAGAAAUGAUCGUAUGUGGGCCAAUACAAAGUCAAAAUGUCAUCAGAAAGUCAUUAACAACAAGUGCCAGCACCUCUUUGGGAGAGUCUACAUGGGCGUCUCAAGACACAUUAUGGAACAUUGGCAUGAGCAUCAAUGACCCUCUCGUCAAUGCCGGACUCACCAUGGAGGAGAACCACUGGAAGCUGAUGACUACUUCCUACAGUGAGCAAGUAGAUAAGAUCAAAACUAAGUUUGGAGUGGACUUUAAAGAAUCAAGCGACGGUCAAGGCAAAGUGGAAGUCAAAGCUUGCCACAAAAGAUCUAGAGGAAAUGCGUCAAUGGAGAGCCAUGCUGUCAGAGCUCUUCUUCAUCUGUACCAGAAGAUUGCAACAUCACCCUACAGCUUCACCCAACCUCUUGGUGCUGCUGGGUUCACCAGCUCGCCGACAGAGGGAGCCUCCGGCGGACCCGUGUUUAAUGGACAAUCAGAACACAAGACGGAAGCACCCACAGGAGGAGGAGCAACAGCAGGAGAUGGUGAAGAAGAAAAGUGUCCUAUAUGCAUAGAUACAUUCACCAAAAAGACACGACUCAAGUGUAAACAUGAGUUUUGUGAAGAAUGUCUGGCACAGUCAAAGGAAAGCAUGGGACCCAUCUGUCCUGUUUGCAGAGAAGUCUUUGGUGUGAUGGAGGGAGACCAGCCAGAUGGAGAUAUGACAUGGCAUACAAAUUCCUCUCACCUCCCUGGAUUCCCAGACUGUGGCACUAUUAACAUCAGCUAUAAUAUCCCAGGUGGAUACCAGACGAAAAAGCAUCCAAAUCCUGGAAAGUACUAUUCUGGUAUUUACAGAACAGCGUAUCUGCCAGACAACAAAGAGGGCAGAGAGGUGCUGCACCUGUUGAAGAAGGCGUUUGACCAGAAGCUCAUUUUCACUGUUGGGACGUCCAGAACGACGGGGGUGGAUAACCAGGUGACCUGGAACGACAUUCACCACAAGACCAACAUUUCAGGAGGCCCACAGGGUUUUGGGUAUCCUGACCCUGACUACCUGAGCAGAGUCAAGGAGGAGCUGAAGGCUAAAGGCAUCGAGUGAAGACUGUGAUACAAAGUGGCUGAGGAGAGUUGUUUUCACACAAAACUAAGAUAAUUAUAUAAAACAAUACUGCAAUACAAUGGAAUGAAUGUACACCGUCUCUCUUGUUAUCUUGUAAUUUUUCACAUUAUCAGUAAGGGUUGCUUUGAGGUGCACAGGACAGAAUUUAAAGCCUAAGAGUUAAUGGUUUAGCAGCAUGUAUUAUCCUCACACUUUAAGCAGAAAUAUGAUGAAGGAUUGGGUAUCUAAUAUUUCCUCAUUAUUUUGUUGUUUCAUAAAGCUGCUCAGCUUAUAACAGUAUAAUAAGAAUGAAAUAUACAAAUACAAAUUGAACUUCAUGUCUACAGUACACAUGAUCUGAUUUACUGUUUGCCAAAUAAAUGAAUAAAUCAACUCAA